AAGAUCGCAGCGCGCGGCGCGCUCCGCUCUCCCAACUCGCAGCCAGUCGGCGGCGCUCCCGCCUACUGAGCGCAGCCUCCACCAGGAUCCGCGGGGACCAGCUCGGGAUCAGCCGGCGACCCACUUCUGACCAACCCAGGAGCGGCCCGAUACCCACUCCCGACCAACCCGCGACCGACCCAGGGACCCACUCCGGACCUGCUCCUUACAGGGGACAGCGCCUCGCCGCUUCCCGCCGCCCAGCGCCGCACGCUCCUCGGGACACAGUGCCAACCAUCCAGAGGACAAGAUGGAUUGGGGCACACUACAGAGCAUCCUCGGGGGUGUCAACAAGCACUCCACCAGCAUUGGGAAAAUCUGGCUCACUGUCCUCUUCAUCUUCCGCAUCAUGAUCCUCGUGGUGGCCGCGAAGGAGGUGUGGGGAGAUGAGCAAGCCGAUUUUGUUUGCAACACUCUCCAGCCUGGCUGUAAGAAUGUGUGCUACGACCACUACUUCCCCAUCUCUCACAUCCGGCUCUGGGCUCUGCAGCUGAUCAUGGUGUCCACGCCGGCCCUCCUGGUAGCUAUGCACGUGGCCUACCGGAGACACGAAAAGAAACGGAAGUUCAUGAAGGGAGAGAUAAAGAACGAGUUUAAGGACAUCGAAGAGAUCAAAACCCAGAAGGUCCGUAUCGAAGGGUCCCUGUGGUGGACCUACACCACCAGCAUCUUCUUCCGGGUCAUCUUCGAAGCUGUCUUCAUGUAUGUCUUUUACAUCAUGUACAAUGGCUUCUUCAUGCAGCGUCUGGUGAAGUGUAACGCCUGGCCUUGUCCCAAUACAGUGGACUGCUUCAUUUCCAGGCCCACAGAAAAGACUGUCUUCACGGUGUUCAUGAUCUCUGUGUCUGGAAUUUGCAUCCUGCUAAACAUCACAGAGCUGUGCUAUCUGUUCAUUAGGUAUUGCUCAGGGAAGUCCAAAAGACCAGUCUAAUGCAUUGCCUGGCUGUUAAGCAAAGAUGAGGGAGAGGAUGAGGCAACCUGUGCUUAGUUAUCAGAGUUCAGCUACCAGCAUCUCCCGGGCAAACAUUCCCACCUUAAAUGCCGCCAUUUGAAGUCCCCCGCAGGCCUCCCAUGAAACUCCAGAAGCCUCCAUGGGCCUCCCUUCCCCCAAAGCUCCCAAACAAAGGCCCAAUUCUAUGCCUGUAUUAAUGGGUUCUAAAGUUAGUUAGACCCCGUGCUGGUGUGACUAUGCUUUAGGAUACAUUCACAGUUUAAACAAAGGGAUCUCACAUUGUUUCUCUUCCUCUGAGGACAGGAGACAUGAGCCCAGUCCUGAGGAAGGUACAGAGAAAGUUCCUUCUUCCGGGUCCCCUUCCCCAAGUUGCCCCCAGUUAAGGGUAAAGAAUCUUCGUUCUGUUAUUUUCUUUCAUAGUUUAAGUUUGCAACAAUGGACAAAAGCUAUUUAAUGUUUCAAGCUAGCUGUGUCCUUUUUUUUUUUUUAAAUGAAAACCUUAAAAUGAUAGGUUCUUUUGUUCUUAAAAUGAUCUGGAAAGCAUUAUACAUUCCUCCUAUUUCAGAGGUUCGGUUUGUGAUGUGAGCAUGGUGUAUAACCAGAUCUCACAAGGUCUUUAAAACGUUGGCCUUUUGGUUAUGGGAAACCUGGGCUGUGGCUGAGAGCCCACCUACUGUAUUCAUCCUUGGUGUGCUGAGUACAGCCCGCAACAACGUUACAGCCUGUCUCAAAUGAGACAAACUGGAAGCUUCUCGUGUUAGCUUCUGACAAGAAGAGGCCUUGAUUAAAAUUUUCAACCGUAAUUUUGUGUAAGAGGCAGAUAGGUUAUGCCUACAACUGCCCCCUGCCAUGAGCCUAACUCAGCCCCCCUCCACCCCCAGCUCGUCUACUCUGUAGCUGUGGGAUGUGGCAGUCAGUAUCAAAAGACUUCAUGAGUUUGCUUGGGAAUUUCACUGCCAUGGUACAAUUUAAUGGUGCAGAAACAAGAUGGGGUGGUUUUCAAAGAACCGAUGAAACUUCUAGACUCUAAAUCCUGUUGAUUAAAACUGAGUUUUUCUACUUUGAAUGUCUGUUUGCCUCCCUUUUCAGCAUUGCCUUCUAAACUGGAAACAGAAAUGUUGAUAUUUGGAAAAAAUAGAAGAAACUAGUUUAGGUCAAUGUGUAACUUUUCUAGGACAAGUUGAACCUUAGCAUUGUCAUUCUGCCUGAUGUGUUGUCCACAAGAUGACAGUCAACAAAUCCAACAGGGGACACUUCUUCCUGCCAAGAAUGUCGUUGGGAAGCCAUUCUGUAACAAUAAAUAAGAGUUGUGGUUUCAUGCUUGUCACUGAUAUAAUUUUGUAAACUCCUAAAUGUCAUUUAUUAAAAUAUGAUUAUUUUGUAUACUUUAAAAUUAAAUAAGGUUUUUAAUAGAAUACCAAACUUUAAUGAUCAAUAGUAAA